UUGAAGUAGACGCCUCAAAGGAGGCCCAAGCUAUCCUAAUUACAAUAACUUUCGUUUGAUUUUUGUUAUGUUUGAUAAGAUAUGAAUGAACAAAUUAUUUAUUUCCGUAUACAGUAAGCCGUAAGCUGAUGGGACAAUGGAUGGAGGCACGAGCUCCUAUAGUCGGGACCGUCUGAAAUUCAUACUAUACGUUUAUUUGUUAUCCCUGAUCUGGCUGGGGAUAGCGAUGGCCCAAUGGCUGAUUCUCAACUUGUUGCCCAUUGUCGGCGGCGUAUUCCAAAAACCAGGGAUUAGCUUUUUUUUUUUUACAAUCGGCAUACUAUUGGUAGUGGCAUUGAUACUCGCUAGUCAGCUGAACAUAAUGUGGUUAAAUUGGAUUCUUACUGUGCUAGCCAUUGAGUUCGGGAUUCUUGGUAUGGCUGCUCUGGUCGUCAGAUCCCUGUGGCCGGAACUACUCCUGUGGAUUUUCCUUUCUUCGCUGCUGAUCGUCGUUUGCGUUGUUCUUAAUAUUUAUUUGCCUUGCGAUCUAACAAAGAAUGCAUUCGUACUGCAUGUUAUUUCCAGUAUCAUUUUUUUUGGCUCGAUUUUCAUACUCAUGAUGUACGUGAUAAAAACCUCGUUGUAUUUUGGUUUCAUAGUUCAAAUCCUGCUCAGCGCUAUUGUCAUUAUGUUUGUCCUGCACAACGCACAGGCAGUUUCUGGUGGACGUUUUGAAGAGCUAGUCCUCGAAGAUUUUCUUCUGCCCAGCAUCGUCUUCUUCUAUCAUUUUAUCAUGCUCUUUUUGCUUUCCUUUUCUGCGCACCAGUUCAAGCUCGGCACGAGGACAAUGGUUGCGAUCGGAUUGCUCAAUCCAUCUCUGUUGGAUAAGAAUGAGAAAACUUAGCCAGCACCGGAUGAAUCGUUGUCAAGCAAAUUAUCUGUUCAAAUUGUACUGUAGAUAAAUGUUGACUUUUACUUAAUUGUGAA